AUGAUCACACUCUUAGACCUGUAUCAUGUCCUCACAGCUGUAGUUCCCCUCUAUGUGGCCAUGAUCUUAGCUUAUGGUUCAGUGAAGUGGUGGAAAAUCUUCAGCCCAGACCAGUGUUCAGGCAUCAAUCGAUUUGUGGCCCUCUUUGCAGUCCCUCUACUUUCUUUCCACUUUAUCUCCACAAACAAUCCCUAUGCCAUGAACUACAGGUUCAUAGCAGCUGAUACUCUCCAAAAAAUCAUGGUCCUUGUUGUUCUAGCCAUUUGGUCAAGAACCAGCUCUAGAGGCUCCCUUGAAUGGUCCAUCACUCUGUUUUCUCUUUCCACACUACCAAACACUCUUGUCAUGGGCAUUCCUUUGUUAAAGGGUAUGUAUGGUGAAGCAUCCGGAAGCCUAAUGGUCCAAAUAGUUGUGCUUCAAUGCAUAAUAUGGUACACUUUGAUGUUGUUCUUGUUUGAGUACAGAGGAGCUAGGCUUCUGAUUGCAGAACAAUUUCCAGACACUGCCGGGUCCAUAAUAUCAUUUAGAGUUGACUCUGAUAUCAUAUCUUUGGAUGGUAAAGAGCCAUUACAAACUGAGGCUGAGGUUGGUGAAGAUGGGAAGCUUCAUGUAACUGUGAGAAAAUCAACAAGUUCAAGGUCUGAGAUUUUCUCAAGGAGAUCCCAUGGGCCUAACUCUGGUGUUUCAUUAACACCAAGGCCAUCAAACUUGACUAAUGCAGAGAUUUACUCUCUGCAAUCUUCAAGAAACCCAACCCCAAGAGGGGCAGCCGAUGAUGAUGAAAAAAUUAGCGUCACAAAAAAGAGUACUGCCCAAAGAGCGAGGGGAACUAGAGCCCAAAGAACCAGGGGAACUGGAGCGCAAGAUUAUUAUGAUGAAUUUGGUCGAGAUGAGUUUAGUUUUGGGAAUAGAGGGGUUCCAAAUGGGGCUGAUCGUGAAGGGCCGGUGCUCUCGAAGCUCGGUUCGAGCUCCACGGCUGAGCUUCACCCAAAGACUGGUGCUCAUGAAGCUAAGCCAACAGCAAUGCCACCUACUAGUGUCAUGACCAGACUCAUUCUCAUAAUGGUGUGGCGAAAACUCAUCAGAAAUCCCAACACUUACUCCAGCCUUUUUGGCAUUACCUGGUCUUUAGUCUCUUACAAGUGGGGUAUUCAGAUGCCUGCUAUAAUAGCCAAAUCGAUAUCUAUUCUGUCUGAUGCUGGUCUUGGAAUGGCUAUGUUUAGUCUUGGUUUGUUCAUGGCAUUACAGCCUAAAAUCAUUGUAUGUGGCAACUCGAUUGCGGCCUUUUCCAUGGCUAUUCGAUUUGUCACAGGUCCUGCGGUCAUGGCUGCUGCCUCAAUCGCUGUUGGACUACGUGGUGUUCUGUUGCACAUUGGAAUUGUUCAGGCUGCUCUUCCUCAGGGAAUUGUCCCUUUUGUCUUUGCCAAGGAAUACAACGUUCAUCCCGACAUACUAAGCACUGGGGUUAUAUUUGGGAUGUUGAUUGCUCUGCCUAUUACUCUUGUGUACUACAUUUUGCUGGGACUCUGACGAUUAAGCAGGAAAAGCUCCCCAAGGCUAAGCUAAGCUAAUCACAAGAGUUCUGACCCUUUUGGUAUGGGUUUUUUUUUGGCUCCUAACAAGAAACAUAGAAGUAACUUCGUAGAGAGAAGAUGAUUGUGAGAGAGAAGAGAGAGGGG